GGUCACGUGGUGGGAGGAGGGGGGAGGGGGCGUCCGCGGGCGUCUUCCCGCUCGGGUCUCUUUGUGUCGCGCGGCGGGGCCGGAGGAGGAGCGGCUGAGCGCGCGGGAGCCAUGGCAGGGAAGGCGUUCAAGAAGUUUCUCCCCCUCUUUGACCGCAUCUUGGUGGAGCGGAGCGCGGCCGAGACGGUCACCAAGGGGGGCAUCAUGCUCCCAGAAAAAUCCCAGGGCAAGGUCCUCCAGGCCACGGUGGUCGCCGUCGGGUCCGGCUCCAAAGGAAAGAGCGGAGAACUCCAGCCUGUUAGCGUGGAAGUUGGAGAUAAAGUUCUCCUUCCGGAAUACGGAGGCACCAAAGUAGUCUUGGAGGACAAGGAUUAUUUCUUAUUUAGAGACGGUGAUAUUCUGGGAAAAUAUUUGGACUGAAAUCAUUGCUAGCAGAAUUUGCCGAGUCGCCCAUUCCACUCAUGUUCUGAAAUCUUGCUUUCAUCAUGUAAAUACGUAAUUUACAGGUUUUGUUUUAUAAUAAACUAAUGAUGUCUGGAGGGUCUGUAGGGACGGACGCUGUGAACAUUUCAAAAUAAAAUGCGUAUAGGUGAACGGC